AAAAAAACCAAGAUUUAAAAACUGUAUUUUUACAAAAUGUGUAGUUUCUUGUAGAAACAGCACGGUUUCAGUGAGUUGACCUCAAUGCAAACUUCUGUCUAUAACCACAGGACCAUUGGGUUUAAAAUUUCACUAUGUGAUUAAAGUCAGUGUCUCAAAGCCACAAAAGGGUACAACAUAUUUCAAACGUUGUUUAUUAGGGGGAGAUGGGCCCUGUCAUGUCACUAUCACAGGUGAUUAUUGUUUCUGAGGCUGUGUGAACAAAUUAUUGGAUUAUGCUAAUAGUUAUAAAAACAUAUUUUAUUCAGCUUUCCCUUAUGUGGAUGUGAUGUUAACACUCACCAGUUGAUGGCAGCACUGGUAAAUUAUAUUUUUCUGGACCAAAUGCAUAGUCACUGCAAUGAUACAGUGGCACAUUAAACAGAGAAAGACAGACAAAUACAAACAGAAUUAUGAUUGAUAGAAUAUGUCCUUAAACUAUAGUCAUAUAACUUUUAGAAAACCCUAGAUUCUACACAUGCUUCAUAGUCAUGUCGUUUUACAACAUUUCUUCAACUUGAAAUGUCACACCAGUAUUGCAUUGCCAUAGAUACAUAAAUAAUAGCGAUAAGAAGUGGUUAGUCUGGGUUGCCAAACCGUAGCCUAUUCAUCUGUGUGGCCCAAUGAUCCAAACCAUGUGAGCUGCUGCAGUGACCCAGUUCUCCAGCCCACCCACUGCACCACUCUGCAGGGUCAGCAUUCCAGCUGUGCCCUGGGGAUCUCUGUACAGCAACAGAAGGCAACAUCAUUCACCACGACUUACAGAAACAGCAUAUGCUACUUUCGUUUUCUCCACCACCAAAGGGACUACAAGCCGGAGACAGACAGAUGGGAAGAUUGGCACAAUUUUGGCUCCCAAGCAAUAUCAAACGCCACAGAAGAGAGGCGGUGAUAGGGGACAAGAGAAAGAAAGGGGAUGGAAGAUAGAUGGAGGUCUACAUGUGGAUGAAAUAACACUCAGGCUCACUCUGACAUUCUCACGUAGGGGUUCUAUCAGUGAAAUGAGUGCCUCCUAACCAUCACAAUCACCUGCCAUCGCUCUCACUGAUGCUUUGCAUCUGCUUCUGCUUCUUCUGUGUUGGUGUCCCUGCUGCUGUUGAAGACUGACUUGGGGCCACAAAUGUAUUUUAUCACUUAUUAGCUUUAAUGUGUCCUCUCAUAAAAAUUGAAAAAGGCUAAAGGCUUAUACCCCAUCUCUAACAUGUUGGUAUUUAUCUAACCACAUCUAACUUAGUGGUAUUGGGACUGUCUAUAGGCUGGAUGUAUCUUACUUCAUAUCUUAGUUGAUGAUAUGGAUUAACUUUGCAUAUUGUUAAGGUUCAUCUACAUUGCAAUAAUAGUGUGUAUAGUUGAGGGAAUUAGGCAUGUCUGCACUGGGGGAAAUUAAGAAUGAUUGAUGUUUUGAAUUCUUGAACUUUUCUUUAUUUUUUUGUGAAUUAAUCCAUAAGAAAAGUCCAACACACAUCCACAAUGCACAAUGUACUUAUACAGCAACAGUCUCCCAUAAUCACAUCUCACACUCUGUGGAUUUCAAUUAGGAGGAGAGGGCAUGCAACCUAAACCAGACAGCACCUUGACAACAGAGCCACACAAGUUUAAAGAAAAUAUGCUUCAUAUGUCACGAUGGCCACUACAGAUUUAAAACAAUCUAGACUAUAUCAAAGCUGCAAGUCAUACUGUAUAUCCUGUUAUCAGUAAUAAAAUAUAUAUAACAAAUAAAACAGAAUUGUGAUAUUGUUGUAAUUGAUUAUAGCCAACAUUGUCUACAGAGAUAAUUAUUUCCUUGUAAUACAAUUGAAAGCUAUAUGAUAUGGACUGAAAAGUUCUGAAGUUUUUCUACAUUAUUUGAAAUAUUUGAAUGAAAAAAUUGUUAUUAUCUAUUCGCAUAUAAUAAUUUGAAAAUAUGUAAAAACCUAUUCGAAAUAUGCUAGGCCUACUCUACGUUCACAACACCACCGUAAUCAGAAGACUCAUGGUCCAGUUGCGUCUGAGGCACUCUGGUGAGGGGACGUCUCUUGUCUAGAAAUUGAGUCAGAACGCAGAACACGUAGAACACUGUCAGUUCCAGCCCUGUUCCAGCAUUAUAACUGGCUGAGAGCAUCGCCCAUCCCAGCAACAUAAUUUCGUCUGGGCUAAAUAUUUAUAUAGAGGGGAACGACCUUCAUUUACAACACAUUCAUUCACGUGAGAGAACUCUGCGAACUUCUCCAUUGCCAAGUUAACAUUAUUUGAAAACGUUUGGAAAAGAACAAACAGACAUUUUGAAAGUUUUGACCAAAGUUUUAUUUUACAAUUAUUAUUAUUAUUUUUUUUUAUCACCAUGGACUUUUUGAUUGCUCUUUUCGGUGUGACAGUUGCUUUGAGUCAAAUGUUUGGAAGAUAUACUGUAAAUGCGGGGAUGUGUUGGCUGCAGCAGAGCCAAGAGCAGCGCUGUGACAUGGUGCUGAUGCGUGGGGUCAGCAGGGAGGAAUGCUGCUCCGGGGGCCGUCUGGACACGGCCUGGUCCAACACUAGUCUGCCUAUCAAUGAGGUCAGCCUACUGGGCUUCCUGGGAAUCGUGUCCUGCAAACCCUGCAAAGAGACCUGUGAUGGUGUGAACUGCGGCCCAGGGAAGGUGUGUACGUUGAAGGCUGGACGUCCUCAGUGUGCGUGCUCUCCCGACUGCACUAACAUCUCCAAAAAGCAUGCUGUGUGUGGCAGCGAUGGGAACUCCUAUCGUGACGAGUGUGUCCUCCUGAUGGCCCGCUGUAAGGGACACCCUGAUCUGGAGGUCAUGUACCAGGGAGAAUGCAAAAAGUCUUGCUCCAAUGUGGUGUGCCCAGGUACCCACACCUGUGUGACAGAUCAGACUAACAGUGCCCACUGUGUCAUGUGCCGCACAACCCCCUGCCCAAUACCGCUGAAGUCCGAGAUGCCUAUCUGUGGCAACGACAACUUCACCUACCCCAGCGCCUGCCACCUCCGUAGAGCCACCUGCUUCCUGGGGCGCUCCAUAGGAGUGCGUCACUAUGGCAACUGCACUAGUGUUCCAAGAAACACUCUGGCUUUGGAGGGCAGUGAGGAGAAUUCACUCUAAAGGGACAGUUCUUGUGUGGUCCAACUGGUACUUCAGUCCACCUGGCACUAGACUUAGCUUAGUCCACCCGGUACAAAGAUUUCCAAGAGAUCACCUUCGAUACGUGAACCAAAAUUGUCCCGAUGUUCACUCACCAAGUUCUGAUUUAUGUUGACUACUUUUUUUUUACAAUCACUUAUCCCCUCCAUCCCUACCCCCUGUACAUAGAACAAUGAUACAUUUGAUGUGAGGGAAACUGUUGGAAGUAGCCGUUUGUUCUUCCACAAGGAAACCAAUACUGUAUUUGUUGAUGCAUGCAAUGUAUGUUAAAUGGGAUGAUUUGCUUAUGAAACUGUGGAGAAAUAUGUAGGGGGCUUUAAGUAUAGGAAAAUAUGUGUAUAUUGUAAGUAAAUACUGCUACUAUUUAUUGAAGAAGGUAUCAAAUCUGUUCUAUUUAUGUUUUGACCCUGUAUACAAAUCCAUAUAUCAAUAGGUCAGCUGUAUUUAUUGUAUUUUGUUUUAAGGUACAUGUAUUUGGUUUUAAGGUACAUGUAUUUGAAUGGCCACUGGCAUUCUUUUAUUUUGGCAAGUUAUUUUUAUUUUGGUGUAUUUUUCAUAUCCCUAAAUAAAGUGCUUUGUCCCCUUAAAAGCAGCAUGACAAAAACAACUCAAUUUGUUUGGAUCUGGAUACCACAUUUAGAAGAUGACAAUAUAUUUUGUUUCAAUUCACUCGAAGCAAAACAGGGUAACUGCUGUCUGUAUUUCAGUGUUUGUUUGGAGGUGAUGAGAGACUUAGCCAAAACAAAAGUGCACAGUAUGUCUCCUCUAACUCUGCUUGCACAGAGUAUGAAACUGUUUAUGCUGGAGCCCAAUAAAAUGUAUAAGCCUCCCACUGAUCACUCAAAUGAACAGUUUAGUUCAGUGUGCAGCAAUUUUAUUAGACUGUUGGUUCAACCCCAAGCCUUUACAAUACCUCCACUGUUGAAGUCUUGGCUUUGUUUAUUUUGUAUGUUUGUGGGUAAUAUGAGACCAAUAUAAUGCCAUUCAGGUUGUUGUAUACACUGUAAUAUAGUGUAACUGCAAAAUCUGACAAAUGUUGUUAGCCUUAUCAAAUUGAAAACAUGAUAAUGCCAAAUUACAUUAAUUUACUCAAAGUUAACUCACAGCCGAAUGUAUCUGUUCAACGUUUAAGUACUAGUGGCUAUUUGAACCAAAUGGGCAGAUAGCUAUUUGCAAAUAGCUAUUGGUUACUGUGAUAUGAAUGAAUAGUGCUGCCCACCCAUUUAUUAUAGAUGAUAUAAUAGAUUUUUAAUUAAAAUAAAUACUGUUUUUGAACAAUUUACACUAGUUUCUUGUAAAUAGAACUCAAUUUCAUGUACCUGUGUUCCUACUGUGAAAUUUGAAUGACAAAUGUAUCUACUUAUUUUUGUAUUUUUGUACUGCCAUUUUAUCUCAACAUAAACUAUAGUAUUUGUCA